AUGACCAUCCAACCGCACAGCCAGGUCCCACACCGCCCAGAGAGCCAAGUGCCAGUUAUCUGUGACUACGGCUCAGGCUUCAGCAAGCUGGGCUUCGCAGGAUGCGAGGCUCCCUACGCCGUCUUCCCAACCGUCCUGGGCAAAGUCCGGCAUGACACCAUGUCGGUGGGAAUGGAGGAAGAAGACUGGUUCAUCGGAGAUGAGGUCCAGAACAAGCGAGGGAUCCUCAACUUGCAAUACCCCAUCUCCCGGGGAGCCAUCACCAACUGGGACAAUAUGGAGAAGAUCUGGCAUCACUCUUUCUACCACGUGCUCAGCAUCGCCCCCGAGGAGCACCCUCUCAUGGUGACAGAACCUCCCUUAAGCAAAACAUCCACCAAAGAGAAAGUGACCCAGAUCCUGUUUGAGACCUUCGGAGUCCCCGCCCUCUACAUAGGCAACCAAGGUGUCCUGUCUCUGUACUCUUCCGGCCAAACCUCGGGAACAACCAUCGAGUCUGGAGAAGGGAUGACGUACUUUGUGCCCAUCAUUGAUGGCUGUCCUUUGCUCCAGUCAACCACCCAGAUGAAUGUAGCCUGCCAAGACCUGACCAUGUACCUUAUGCAACUGUUGGCCCAAGAGGGGAACCUGCUGGUGAGCACAGGGGAUCCAGAGUUUGUCAGGGACAUAAAAGAGAAGUGCUGCUAUGUGGCCUUGGACUUCAACAAGGAGAAGUCCAAAGAUAACCUGCUGUCCUGCCAAAACAAAUUCCUGCUUCCUGAUGGCCAGGAGAUCACCCUCAGGCAGGAGCAUUUCCUCUGCCCCGAGGUGCUCUUCCAGCCCAGCCUCAUAGAGAGGAACAGCCUGGGCAUGCCCAUGACCGUCUUCCGCUGCAUCUCCUCCUGUCACCCCCGCCAGUGGAAGACCCUCUUUCACCACAUAAUCCUGUCUGGAGGGACCGGCUCCUGCUCGGGGCUGCGGUCACGACUGCAGAGAGAAAUAGCCAACCUGGUUUGCCCAGCGCACGACAUCCAGGUGUACACCUCUCCAUGUGCCAAGUACGGGGCCUGGGUAGGUGGCUCCAUCCUGUGCUCGCUGUCCACGUUCGAGGACAUGUGGGUGACCAACAAAGAGUACGAAGACAUGGGAUCCUCUGUCGUCCGCAGAAGAAGCAUCUGA